GGCUCCUCCAUCUUGGCCUCGGCGGCGGCGGCUGCCGGGAGGAUGUGCCGCCCUGUGGCGGGGGGAAGAAGGAGGAGAAGAUGAAGCGGUACCGGCGGGCCUUGGCCCUGCUCUCCUGCCUCUCGCUGUGCUCGCUCGUCUGGCUGCCCAGUUGGCAUGUGUGCUGCAAAGAGAGUCCCUCAACUUCAGCCGCAACGUAUUACUCUCAGCAUGACAACUGUGCUUUAGAAAAUGAAGGUGGACAAGUCCAGAAAAAGGAUGAAAGAGAGGGACUUAUCAAUGCUGAAUUACUUGGAAAAUCAGGUUCAGAUUUACCCAUUGCUACAGAAGAAAAUGAACUCAAGGAUGACCACGUGGUGGAUACACAAAACACAAGGAAGUUGAGUGCACCUGUGGUUGAGACACUCCCUACGGUUGGUUUACAUGAAGAUUCUUCCGGUGUAGUUGUUGAGAGUGAAAAUGUUGAAAAUAUUUCCAGUUCAUCUACCUCAGAAAUCACUCCAGUCUCAAAGCUUGAUGAAAUAGAAAAAUCUGGUACUAUCCCUGUAGCCAAGUCCAGUGAAGCUGAACCACCAGAAGCUGCUUGUGAAGCUCGUGAGGCCUUGGAGCUGAGCGCUCCUGCUGAGCAGCCUGUCCUUGUCAGUACACCUGGGAGUCUUGUAGGUCAGCAUACAGAGAAUGUUUCAUCUUCGCACAGCAAAGGAAAGAUACCAAAAUCGAAGUUAGAAUCGGAGGUUUCAGCAAGUGAGCAGGCUGAUGGCACUCCCAAAUCUGCCUUGAAUGCUUCAGAGAAUUUAAAAAAUGAGAGUUCUGAUUAUACAAAAUCCGGAGAAAUGGACCCUACAUCUGUGGGAAACCCUAAGGACCCGGAAGACAUCCCAACGUUUGACGAAUGGAAAAAGAAAGUCAUGGAAGUAGAGAAAGAGAAAAGUUUGUCUGCAGGCCAGUCAAUGCAUCCAUCUCCUAAUGGAGGGCCCCCGGCCGUGAAAAAAGUCCAGAAAAACCGGAAUAAUUACGCCUCGGUGGAGUGUGGUGCCAAGAUUUUGGCGGCCAAUCCCGAAGCCAAGAGCACAUCUGCUAUUCUUAUAGAGAAUAUGGACCUUUAUAUGUUGAAUCCUUGCAGCACUAAAAUUUGGUUUGUUAUUGAACUCUGUGAACCCAUUCAAGUGAAACAGCUUGAUAUUGCAAACUAUGAGCUGUUUUCAUCUACUCCUAAAGACUUCCUGGUUUCCAUCAGUGACAGAUAUCCCACAAAUAAGUGGGUCAAGCUGGGAACUUUCCACGGUAGAGAUGAGCGGAAUGUGCAGAGCUUCCCUUUAGAUGAGCAGAUGUAUGCGAAAUAUGUGAAGAUGUUCAUCAAGUACAUAAAGGUGGACUUGGUUUCACAUUUUGGAUCAGAGCACUUUUGCCCAUUAAGCCUUAUAAGGGUAUUUGGCACGAGCAUGGUGGAGGAAUAUGAAGAGAUCGCUGAUUCGCAGUACCAGUCAGAACGCCAAGAACUAUUUGAUGAAGAUUAUGAUUAUCCACUGGAUUAUAAUACCGUGGAGGAUGAAUCUUCAAAAAAUCUUCUUGGUUCUGCUACAAAUGCCAUUCUAAAUAUGGUGAAUAUUGCUGCUAAUAUUCUGGGAGCAAAGACUGAAGACUUGACAGAAGGAAAUAAAAGUAUAUCUGAGAAUGCCUCAGCCACAGCUGCACCUAAAACACCAGAGUCGGCUCCUGGUUCCACUCCUGUUCUGGCACCUGAGUAUGUGACCACUGAAGCUGUGCAGGAGCCAGAGCCAUCAGCAGAUGCUCCGAAAGAGAGUCCCAUUGUACAGCUCGUUCAAGAGGAAGAGGAGGAGGCAGGCCCCUCCACAGUGACCCUUCUAGGCAGUGGAGAACAAGAAGAUGAAGCUUCACCCUGGUUUGAGUCAGAGACACAGACAUUUUGUGGUGACCUGACAACAGUUUGUUGCAUUUCUAGUUUUUCCGAAUACAUUUAUCGACAGUGUUCGGUUGGAGUUACUCGUUAUCUUCAGCACAGCAGAGUUGCUGUGAGCAAAGGAGACCCUCUUGCAUCAGCUCCUCCACAGUUAGUACCGCCUGCAGAAGCUGUGGAUGCUGCAGCAACACUGAGUGGAGAGUCGGACAGUGGGAGCGUGGACAAGGAAGCCGAGACUGCAGUGCGUGGGGACUUCAGUGGUAUGCUCCAAGGUGAUUCGAUGAAUCACACUGCACAUGCAAUUGAACUGGAACCGAGCCACUCUCAAACUCUUUCCCAGUCUCUUUUCUUGGAUAGUACUCCGGAAAUCAGCUCAUUAUCUCAAAUACAAGUGCCUGAAUCUGUUAAACACGAGACUGGACAUACACCGUCACAAGUGAUUCUUCAAGAAAGUUCUGUUGAGGUAAACAGUGAAACAGAAAGGAAGUCUGAGAGCCUCAGCCCUCUGGAGAAGCCAUCCGUGCCCCCUGAAACGAAGCAGGGUGGCGAGGUAACGGGUGGUGCUGUGGGAGCAGAUGCUACCAACGCCGUGCCGUCAGAACCAGUAGCGCCACCUGUGCCUACAGCCACUGUGCUGGACGGUGAAGAUGGGGAAGCUGGAAUGAACAGAGCCGACACCCCAAAGCUGGCUUUGACUCUUGGUGGAGAUUCUUCCUCCUUACCUGAAGUGAAAGAGGAAGAGCCAUCUCCAGAAGAUGCACUUUUAAGAGGCUUACAGAGGACAGCUACAGACUUUUAUGCUGAACUACAAAACUCUACAGAUCUAGGAUAUGCUAAUGGAAACCUUGUACAUGGAUCCAACCAAAAGGAAUCAGUGUUUAUGAGACUUAAUAACCGUAUUAAAGCCCUCGAAGUUAAUAUGUCUCUCAGUGGCCGCUAUCUGGAAGAGCUUAGCCAGAGGUACCGAAAACAAAUGGAGGAAAUGCAAAAAGCUUUUAAUAAAACAAUAGUGAAACUUCAGAAUACUUCAAGAAUAGCCGAGGAACAGGAUCAACGGCAAACUGAAGCCAUCCAGUUGCUACAGGCACAGCUGACCAACAUGACACAGCUUGUUUCAAACUUAUCAAGAACGGUAGCAGAGUUAACCCGGGAGGUGUCCGACCGGCAAAGCUAUCUUGUUAUGUCCUUGGUUCUCUGCGUUGUCCUGGGACUCAUGCUUUGUAUGCAGCGUUGUCGAAAUGCGUCUCCGUUUGACGGCGAUCACAUUCCAAAGCUUCCCGAAGGUGCUUGCUAUCCAAGCCCCAAGAGGUGUUUCUCUUCCUAUGAUGACAUGAGUCUGAAAAGAAGAACCUCAUUCCCGCUCAUCAGAUCCAAGUCACUCCAGCUAACUGGCAGAGAAGAAGACACAAAUGAUUUAUACAUCGUAGAACCUCUCAAGUUCUCUCCAGAAAAGAAGAAGAAACGCUGCAAGUACAAAACUGAAAAAAUUGAGACCAUAAAGCCUGCAGAUCCAUUGCACCCUGUAGCCAAUGGAGACAUAAAAGGAAGGAAGCCCUUUACGAACCAGAGAGACUUUUCUAAUAUGGGGGAAGUUUAUCACUCUUCCUACAAGGGUCCUCCAUCCGAAGGAAGCUCAGAAACUUCGUCUCAGUCAGAAGAAUCCUAUUUUUGUGGCAUUUCAGCUUGCACAAGUCUGUGCAACGGACAGUCCCAAAAGACAAAAACUGAGAAGAGGGCGUUAAAACGGAGGCGAUCCAAAGUCCAAGACCAAGGAAAGCUGAUACAGACUCUGAUACAGACUAAGUCGGGCUCGCUGCCAAGCCUGCAUGACCUCAUCAGGGGCAACAAAGAGAUCACGGUGGGCACGUUCGGCGUCACGGCAGUCUCGGGACACAUCUGAGAGGACCUCGUGCUGCAGAUGUCGCUCUUUGCGGGGCAGCCGGUGGUGUUUGGAGGGCUUGGGGAGGGAGAAAUAGCAAUGGGAAAAGUAUUCAGCAAUUAGGGUUUUUGCCGCUUUCAGAAGUAGACCGGAUUGUGUCCGUCUUGGUUAAUGCGCUGCAGUGUCUACAGGACAAUGGGAGACGUUUUAUAGUUUUUCACAGGUGACUUACUGGGCCGCGGUCAUGUGGAAGCCCAGUUCUCGGUGGGGAAGGAGUGAAGGCCUGAAUUCUUCCUGUAGCUCUGUCCUGUCUCUUGCACCUCUCCAUAUUUAUGUGCCUUUGUCUAUUUAUGAUGCAAGAGAAGGGGAGUUCCUGUCGCUUGGUUUCUUUGAUCACUACAAGGCUUUGAGGUGUUCUGUGCCUGGAGCUCUGCGGUGUGGGUGGUGUCAGGAUCCUGGGGCUUGGGAGGCAGACUCACAGGAAGUGCACCCGCUCUAGGCAAAUGGUGAUGUGUUCAUGUCAUUUUCAUUUAAUUUAUUCAGACCGGAUUACUUUUUUAGUUGCUAAUUUAAUGAGGAAACGAAAAAACCAAACCCUAGCUCUUUUCUUGCUAAUGAUUGGUAUUUGCAAACCGAGUUUUGAUAGAUUCACCUUUAGACACCUUUAACUAUUUUUGAAGGUUUUCAGUAUUCUCAGUAAACACUAAAUCCUCCAUAGGUUCACCUCACUGUUUUCUAUUACUAUAAGGAUAAAACUUGGAAGGGCUGGCAGACAACUCCAGGUCUCGGGAAUCCCCUCUGCCUGUGUCCGGAGGUACGUGAGCAGCUGGUGCACCGGGCAGCGCUGGCCCGAAGGGUCGAGUUGGAAGGGCUAGGGAUUCCCUGGUGUGUGCUUUGCAUUGGCUACAAGUGUGCAGAGGUGUGUGUGUGUGUCAUUGUGUGUCUUCAUGUGUCUUUCUUUUUUCUUUAAAAAAAUAAUUGGCCAUGACUAUAUUUGAAUAAAAUGAUUUCUUAGUGUGUGAUUGUACAGUAAUAAGUGAAAGUGGAACACGUUUCUUUUUGGAAGGGAGAAAAUUGACCAUUUGUGUUGUAAAAGGUUUAAGUUAUAACUUAUUGAGCACUUUUGGCAAUAACUUUUUAAACUUGUCUUAAUACCUUUUUUGGGGGUAUUGUUUAUAAUGUGACUAUUUAAAGCCUUUUUGUGUGUAAUUUGCUGCUUUAGUUUAACAGUACGUUUUAGAAGAUUUAAACCCUUUUUUUUUUCCAGUCUGCACAAUUAGCCAUUCAGAGCAGGAGGGCCUGAUUGUACAGAGCCCUACAAGGUCCAGAUGAGAGCAGAGUCGGAUAUGGCACUGUCUGUGCUGUGGAAACAGGAUUUGGUGUAACUACAGAGCUGUAGUGCCAUUAGAAACUGUGAAUUUCCAAAUAAAUAUGAACACAUGUCUUUAUUAA